AGCCUACGCGAACAACCCCGCAGCUCCGUUCCCCGCCUCCGCCCACCCGGAUCCGGAAAACCCUAACCCUAGAGCUCGACCGGCCGCCGCCGCCAUGGACCCCGACGGCGACCCGGCGUUCCACCGCAGCGAGGCCAUCUCCGCCGUCCAGGACGUCGACCAGUACUACGGCGACGACGACGACUUCGACGACCUCUACAACGACGUCAACGUCGGCGACGGCUUCCUCCACGCCUCCCACCAGGCGCCGCCGCCGCCGCCUCCACCGACCCAGCAGGCCCCGCCGCCGCAGCAGAACCAGCACCAGCAGCAACAGCUGCCUCCGCCGCCCCAGCAGCAGCCGCAGCAGCAUCCACCGGCACACACCCUCCCGCCGCCACCGCCACAGGCCCCACCCCCGCAGCAGCAGCAGGUACGCAUCCCGGGGGUGCCCGUUCCUGCUCCUGGUAUACCUCCCGCCCAGCCCAACCUCCCGCCGCCACCUCAGCCGCCGGCCGCGCCCGCGCCGCCGCUGCCUCAGCACCACCAGAUUCAGCAAGGCGACGGGAUCAACCGCCCCGGAGGGAACUUCGGCGGUGGUCCCAUCGUGGUCGGGAACGGUGGCCCCGCUAGCGGGGGUGACGGCCCUGGCGGCACGACGCUGUUCGUCGGGGAGCUCCACUGGUGGACGACGGACGCAGAUCUGGAGUCUGAGCUUAGCAAGUAUGGGCCGGUGAAGGAGGUGAGGUUCUUCGAUGAGAAGGCCAGCGGCAAGUCCAAGGGCUAUUGCCAGGUCGACUUCUACGACCCUGGUGCAGCCGCUGCUUGCAAGGAGGGCAUGAACGGGCACCUGUUUAAUGGCCGUCCAUGUGUUGUGGCAUUCGCCACACCGAACACCGUGCGACGGAUGGGCGAGGCACAGGUGAAGAACCAGCAGGCCAUGGCUGCACAGACAUCUGCUAUGCAGCCGAAGGGUGGGCGAGGCGGCGGCGGUUCCGCAGGGCCACAGGUAGGUGGUAAUUAUGGUGGUGGCCGUGGAGGAGCUGCUGGACCUGGUGCUGGUGGUGGAGCAGGCGGAGGUGGUGGGAAUUGGGGAAGAGGUGGCGGAGGCAUGGGAAAUAGAGGUCCGGUUGGUAAUAUGAGGAACAGGAUGGGCCCAGCUGGUGGUGGCCGCGGGAUCAUGGGCAAUGGGGGAAUGGUUGCACCUCCACCACCUAUGAUGCCACCGGGUGGAAUGCUGGGGCAGGGUUUCGAUCCUACUGGCUAUGGCGCUAUGGGAAGGAUGGGUGGUGGAUUUGGCGGUUUCCCCGGUGGACCAGGAGCCAUGCCAUUCCCUGGGCUGAUGCAGCCAUUCCCGCCGGUUGUUGCUCCACAUGUUAACCCGGCUUUCUUUGGCCGUGGCGGAAUGGGGGCUGGCGGAAUGUGGCCUGAUCCCAACAUGGGGGCUUGGGGUGGGGAGGAACAAUCAAGUUAUGGGGAUGAUGCGGCAUCUGAUCAGCAACAUGGGGAAGGGGGUAGCCAUGGGAAAGAGAGGCCACCAGAGAGGGAGUGGUCUGGUGCACCAGAGAGGAGGCGUGAGAGGGAUAGGGAUGCGCCCCCAGCACAGGAGUGGCCAGAGAGGAGGCAUCGGGAUGAGCGUGACAUGGACCGAGAGAGGAAUCGUGACUAUGACAGAGAGAGGGAAAGAGAUCGUGACAGAGAGAGAGAUCGAGACAGAGACAGAGAGAGGGACAGAGACAGGGAGAGGGAGAGGGACAGGCAUAGGGAUGACAGAGAUCGCUAUGGUGAUUAUCACAGGCACAGAGAUCGUGAUUCAGAACGCAAUGAGGACUGGGACAGGGGGAGGUCAUCUGGGAUACGCAGCAGGUCGAGGGAGGCCGACCACUCCAAGCGUAGGCGGAUGACACCUCAGUAAUGUAGCUUGGUGAGCUACUAAUAUAGAGGCAACAAUGAUCCAGGGCAGCGUCUUAUUUGCACACAGGCAUGGUUCAUUAACAACUAGCAUCUUCUUAAUGCUUGUGGCUAUGGUGUCAUGUGUCUCCGGCAAUUUGUUGUAGCAAGAAUUUGAGAUGACUGCGUGGUUGGAACCCUGCUCAGCUGUGUGAAAGGCCUACUUCCCUGGAUAAUAGUUGCUGCCUCGUAUUGUAUGCAGUGUUAAAUGUCUUGAGUUUCCUGAAGACGUAAUGAUCUACUUUGUAAUUCGGGACCGAUGCUUUGCGUUGUUGUUGUUAUCGAAGAACUGGGACAACUAUUUCUGUCGUAGCCUUAGGAUGAUCAAAUGGUUGGUAUUAUGAUUGUCUUUUGCCCAUCUGCCUCUGUUGGUAGUGGACAAAUUAUAAUGACUUUUUGGACAUUCUUGUGGUUCAUUCCUCCUCUGAGAUAUGUAACUGAUAGUUGCUUCCUGUUUAAAUUUUUGUGGUUGGGGAGGUGAGAAACCA